ACAACCCUCUAGAAUGUUCGGUUCAAAAUAAAACUUUCAGUAAUUCAUACAGAUUUGAUCCGUCAAACAGGGCACAAAAGAGGAAAGAAGCUUUACAAUGAGAUUCAAUUUAUUGUGCUGCUUCACGGCAGAGCGUGAAAAAGCCUGGGGGGAUGAGGAGCCUCAGCCAGUGUCUUCGCCAACGCCGAGCAAGGUGGGAGGCAAGAAAAAGAAGAAGGAAAAGAACCAGGCAAAUGAAGAAGCCAAUCUCAGUUUGGAUAUGGAGAGAAAGGAGACUCCAAAAGACCGUUUCCUGAGAGAACUGAGAGAGAGGGAUAGGCUGGAGGAGCAGAAUUGGAGACUGAGAGGCAGGUUUGAGCGCAGGAAGCCAGCCAAGAUGAAGAAGGCCAUGUGUCCAUCUAAGGCUGCGCAGGCUAACUUGUCAUACCAAAGGAGGUGGUCCAUGACUGGCAUGGAGGGGGAGAGGACACUGAAGUACCAGCCAACGGUUCAAAAUGGUGGCCCAUAUUUUGAAAGGCUCAAACAAAGCUUUGAAGCGAGGGACUUCCAGGAGGCAGAGGAGAGGAGGAAGAGACUGAGGAGCUGGUUUGAACACAGGGAAGACGCAACGAUGAAGUCUGAUCCUCAACUUAUAGUCGGUUCACCAGAGAACGUCUGGUUACACCAAAGGCUGUGUCCAUUGGACGACGUGGAGGAGAUGAGGCUGCACCUGCAGGCCCGGUUUCAGCAGCGAGGCCGGGCUACACAGAGCUGCUCUGAGCUGCAAAGGGACAAGAGGCUGCAGCCAUAGUCCCGCUAUCAGUACAAAGACCUGACUUCAACCAGACUGUAGGAAGCCAUCAUGGCUCAUCAAUCGUAUUAUUUUUGUGAAUUAUGUGAAUACAUUUUGUUACUACAAA